GGGGGUGGGGAGGAAGGAGGGGGAGAGCACCAACCAGCAGCCGCUCCCGGCCUGCCGAAGUUUCACUUUUUGUCUGUGGGUUCGCUCCCGGGCUCCGCUCCGAGCUUUCCCGGGAUAAGUAGCAUUAGCGGCGGGAAGAGCUGGCCGCUGCAAGGAACGAAGAGAAUCCGACAACUAGAGUGUUGGAAGAGGCUGGAAAAGAAGGCAGACACGAGGCUUCGCUAUCUGGUCUGCUUGGGAUCCCUCUUCAGGGUGGUCUCCAGCAGGAAGGCUGUUGGGAACUCAGGACAGAAGCAGAGAUAACGAGUCAGCCAGUUCUGCAUUUGCCAUCGUUCACUGUUUCUUCUGUGGAGGGAGAUAUUUUCCCUCAGCUGAGACUAACACAUCAUCUGGCUGAGCCUGAGUCCAUUGUUCAUUCUAAAAUCCAGAAGCUCGCUUGAGAUUUCAACGAUGUCUCACCCAUCUUGGCUGCCACCCAAAAGCACUGGUGAGCCUCUUGGCCACGUUCCUGCACGGAUGGAGACCACCCAUUCUUUUGGGACCCCCAGUAUCUCAGUGUCGACACAACAGCCACCCAAGAAGUUUGCGCCAGUAGUUGCUCCAAAACCCAAGUAUAACCCGUACAAGCAGCCUGGAGGAGAGAGUGAUUUUCUGCCACCCCCACCUCCACCCUUAGAUGACCCUGGUACCCUUCCACCUGCCUCUGGACACUUCCCUCCUCCUCCACCACUGGAUGAAGGCGCUUUCAAAGUGCAGCAGGGAAAUCCUGGAGGCAAGACCCUGGAGGAAAGGCGGUCUAGUCUGGAUGCCGAGAUCGAUUCCUUGACCAGUAUCCUGGCUGAUCUGGAGUGCAGCUCUCCCUACAAGCCUCGGCCCCCACAGGUCUCUGCUAGUGGAACAGCCUCUCCUGCAGUCUGUACUCCUGUCACAGGACAUAAGAGAAUGGUCAUUCCAAACCAACCCCCUCUGACGGCAACCAAGAAGUCUGCAAUGAAACCACAGCCUGCAACCCAGGCUGCACCCAUCCCAGUGGCUCCCAUUGGAACUCUCAAACCACAGCCUCAGCCAGUUCCAGCCUCCUAUACUACAGCUUCCACACCUUCAAGGCCAACCUUCAAUGUGCAAGUGAAGACAGCCCAGCCCAGCCAACAUUACAUGGCUGGCCCAUCCGCUGGACAAAUGUAUGGUCCAGGGCCGCAUGGCUAUAACACCCAGCCAGUUCCUCUGUCAGCACAGUGCCCUCCUUCUUCAACUCGUGCUGGCACCGACUAUGCAUAUAAUCCACCCCCAGGACAUCAGCCCGAGCAGGGAUAUGGGUAUGCUCCCAACCAAGGACGCUAUUAUGAACCCUAUUAUGCAGCAGGGCCAGCCUAUGGUGGCAGAAAUGAUGCUGAGCCUUCUUAUGGACAACAAGGUCAUCCAAGUACCUGGAAGCGGGAACCUGGGUAUGCUGCUCCUGGGGCCGGGAAUCAGAACCCUCCCGGGAUAUAUCCAGUCAGUGGUCCCAAGAAGACCUAUAUCACAGACCCUGCGCCAGGCCCCUGUGUACCACCACUGCAGCCAAAGGGUGGACACCCUGGGCCUAUGGGGCCCCCCACUAUCCCUGCAUCAUUCCGGCCAGAAGAUGAGCUUGAGCACCUGACCAAGAAGAUGCUGUAUGACAUGGAAAAUCCCCCUGCUGAUGAGUAUUUUGGCCGCUGUGCUCGCUGUGGGGAAAACGUGAUUGGGGAAGGGACAGGAUGCACCGCCAUGGAUCAGGUCUUCCAUGUGGAUUGCUUCACCUGCAUCGUCUGUAACAACAAACUCCGAGGACAGCCAUUCUAUGCCGUGGAGAAGAAGGCAUACUGUGAGCCCUGCUACAUUAAUACUCUGGAGCAGUGCAAUGUGUGUUCCAAGCCCAUCAUGGAGCGAAUCCUCCGUGCCACCGGCAAAGCCUACCAUCCUCACUGCUUCACCUGUGUGAUGUGCCACCGCAGCCUGGAUGGCAUCCCGUUCACCGUGGAUGCUAGUGGCCUCAUCCACUGCAUCGAGGACUUCCACAAGAAAUUUGCCCCGCGCUGUUCUGUGUGCAAGGAGCCUAUCAUGCCUGCCCCAGGCCAGGAGGAGACCGUCCGCAUCGUGGCUCUGGAUCGUGAUUUCCAUGUGCAUUGCUACCGCUGUGAGGAUUGUGGUGGUCUUCUGUCUGAAGGAGACAACCAAGGCUGCUAUCCCUUGGAUGGACACAUCCUCUGCAAGACCUGCAACUCAGCCCGCAUCAGGGUGUUGACCGCCAAGGCAAGCACUGACCUGUAGAGUCGGUCACCCGCUUAGCAACUGAGUGUGUGCACUGAGAAGAAUGAAACACAAGAAAAAGAUAAGAGAAGAAAUAGAAAAAUAGAGGCAAAGCUCUCAGCGUCUGAGAUGGUCUCUGUUCUUCAUCUGCUGUUAACCUUUUCUUUAGAAGCACAUACAUGAUGAGAUUUGUUUAAGUUCCUACCAAAUACACAUUUCACAUUUAAUCACGUAGGGCCUUGAUGAGCCUUUGUUGCAAGGACUUCCACAUUUUUGCACAGAUUAUGCUCCGUCCCACUCACUUCUGCAUUCCUGUAACAUUUAAUCCUCGUGUUUGUCUCACUUUUCAUCUGGUUGAAUAGAUUUUUCGUGUGGUAUUUGCUGUCACAUGAUUUUUCCUGGGUGAAUGUGCCAGACUGCAGGUGCUUUUAGCUUGACAUCUCAUCCUGUCACUUUCGCUCUGGCUGUGGCUACAAAAGUUAGCCAUUCUGUUACCAGGUAUUGAACUACACUCACGUCUCCUGGUAAAAAAUAAACGUGAGACAGGGUAUGUGCACAUUUUUUUUCUGUGGGCUAUAAAAAUUUAUUUGAAAAAAUACAUAAAUUAACAGGAGUCCAAAUUUAGUUUGCAAUUAAUUAUCCAAAUUUAAAAUCUGUAGUGACCAGUGGUCAAGGCUUAUUUGAAAAUGUUUAUUGGCCAAUAGCUAAAAUGUGGGGAAAGAACCAAGUUUCACUACUAAGCUAAAGAAACCAACUGGGAAAUGCUAGCCAAAGGUUGCUAUGUGUAUUUGAAAAGCCCAUUAUGUUUCAACAAUUCUACCUUGAGAUUUUCCUCUCCACACUAUUUGGAUGUAAGACAGACAGACUUGCUUUUGGUACAUUUCCAAUUCUGUCUGACACUUCAUCUUAGAAAUACCGUGAAUUUUCCCCUAAUACACAAGCUCGGUUACCGCAAUUAACAUUUAUCUACAGAAAGGGAUGUAUUAAAAGGAAUCAAAUUCUUGUCUUUCUUUCUUUUUAUAAUGACCCAAAUCUAUUUUUUUCCUGAAAAUUGCAAAUUGGGACAUAUAAAAUGAAGUUAUGUAACCGUGUUUCGUCUUCUUUAAAAAAGAAAGAAAAGCUGCAAAAGAUUGUGAAACCGAGUUUGAUUGUUCUUAUAAUCCUUUUCCAACUCAAGUACAUAUUGCAGGAGACAUUUUCCUAUCUUCAAUGUGACAUUUACACCACACUUUCAAAGACAAUCACUGAAAACAAAAUUGUCUUUCUGAGCUAAAAAUAUUCAGAAUGGCUGCCUAGAAUCUUUCUGGGAACUCUUAUUAGCCGGUGAAAUGCUUGCUUGCCAACUGGAGCCAGAUUCCUUCCUUGAGAGGAGACACCUCGCUUAGCAAUUGCAGCUGGCCAUUUUGUGAACUCAGUACUCAGUAUCUCAGGAUGAGAUUUCCCAAACCUUUCUUUAAAUCUUCUACAAAUAUAUACUUUUAAAUUAUGGAAUAUUUUAAAUAUACCGAAGGGUAUAAAUAAUAAUAUAAUGAAUCCCUCUGUAGCUAACAUCCAGUCCUAGGAAUGUAGUCACCUUAAAUCCCACACAUACCUUUUAAUUUCUCCUAUGCAGUGCUGGGAGUUGAACUAGGACCUCGUGCUUGGCAAGCACCCUGCUACUCCUGCAUCCCCAGCCUGACUGUGUCUUUUUUUUUUUUUUAAUCUUCAUGACAUGAUGAUCUUCUAGUCUGACAGUUUUAAUUUUAACAUUUAGAACAAAAUUCUUUAAAAUUACUUGUGUAUGUUUAAAAUUGAAUCCUAUGCCUCAGGAAUUCCAUAAAGUUUAUUUUACUUGAAUAGAAGUCAUCAUAAAAGAAACCUUUAAGCCUUUGUCACUCAGCUCACCUGGGAGUCUCUGUGGCUUAUUUACUUUCCAUGCUAAGCAGUUUGCAUGUUAGACUCCCCAAAGCUAUGCAUACCUGCUUCCCUCCUCUUGGGAUUCAUGGAGGGCAGCUUGUGGAUUUCAGGAUAUGGUGGUAGCUCUAUCCCUGAAUUCCUGUGUUCCAAAUCAAAGGCUUGGCUGUGCCAGUGACCUUGGAGAACACUGGCUGUCACACAGUUGAGGUAGCAAUACAGUCUGCUUGAAGUGCCUAAAAUGUUCACCAGGAAAUUGACUUUAUGCCAAAAAUAGAGUCCAGUUUAAUGAGGGCAAGAAUUAUGUCUAGAAAUGCAAUAAUAUUGCUAUAAAUUCAAGCAACAGAGGAGGAAUGUAUGUAAUAGUUAUACUAUAGAGCAAUAACAUCCUACUUGUUUGUUACAUUUAACUACUUGUGUAGCCAGAUGUUUACAUGCAAGAGUUAUAGGAAAAUGCUACCACAGUUUCUUCCCUGAGGUUUUACAGGCAGAGCUCUGCCUGCUGACAGCCUUCCCAGUGCUUUCUCAUCAAGUAACCUCAGAGUAUCUUUACCAAAGAUUUUAAAGUGAAUUUCUUUUUAAUAUAGACUUAUACUUUUAUAAUAACGAAUGUGCACAUACACCUAUACAGAAAUAUUUAGAAUUAGAUGUUUUUCUUUCACAAGGUCUAAUAAGUAUAAAGGAUCCUAACACUUUAUUCAGCAAUUUCUUUAAUAUAUGAUUUGCAUUUCUUUCUUGUUUUCUCCUAUUACACAUUUGAUUUAAACAAUACCAAGACACUCUGUUCUUUACUCUUUUAGCUAUAUAAAGUUUUGCCUACUGUAGAAAUAUAAAGAUCAUAUUACUUUAAUGAUUAUACACAUUGUCUUUUGAUAUAUUACCUUACUAUCGUUUAAAUACAUAAAUAGAAAAACUAUAAUGCUUGUAGCAGAAAACUUGUAAAAAUCUAUCUGAAUUGUUUAAAUAUCAAGAGCACAAACACUUGGUUAUUCCAUGUAAAGUGAAAUACAUAGGAACAGGAAAAAACCCCAUUGUCAUGGGCUCUGCAGAGAACGUUUCAAAAUAAGAUUUCCUUUCUAUUUCUAUAGUGGUAGGGAUAGAUCUCUGAGCUUUGCACAAAACAGACAAGUGCUCUUCCAUAGCUAAACCUCCCAUCCAUAAAAAGAUUUGCUAACUAUUUAGGUUCCCAUCUCAGACUGGCUCAGUCUGGAGUUGGGGAAACAAAAUUGCCUUCAAAACUCAAAACUGUGCCCUAGGUCAAUGCCUAGGCAGUAAUGAAAUAUUGUCAUCUCCACAGCUCAAAGAUGUGGGUUUUUUCCUGUCACUAGCACAUUGUUGUCCCUACUACAAUGCCUUCUCUGAUGAAAAUGACUACCAGGGUUAUAUGCUCAUUAAUGAAACGAAUUUAAAAACACUAAUUUUUUUCUAUGAAAAGUCUGCACAUGUGUCUAUGGUAAGCUUUUAAGAGACAUGGACCCUCAUGACGAUGUACAGCUGUUUUGUAUUUGGGUCCAGAGGCAGGAGAACAUGCUCUCUGAGAGACUGCAGGAUAGCACUGACAGACUACAGACAGGACUCUACGAACACAACUGCCAACCAUCUUCCUAGUUACUACAAAUCCUAUUAAUGUGAACCAGUCAGGAAUAACAGUGUUAUUUCUAUUUGACAUGGUUUGGGUUUCUCCUGUCAGCUCUAUGUCGCUUGCCCUCUGAUCCUUCCAUUAUCAAGUUUUGAAGGGUGUCAGGAAAAUUAUGGCAGCUGCUAGGGAGAUCAGGGAAACACUGAUGCCACCUCCCAGCCUCUUACCAUCCCUCUUGGCUUGGAAAGGCAUUUUUUAUAUACAUUUCUAGAAAUAUUGCCAUUCUACCUUAGUAUUUCACAUUUGUAGUUUAAACAAGUGAUUGUCCAUCUGUUGCCUAAAGCUACAGUACAUGUGUGUUAUGAAUGAAAUAUGACAGCAUGUUCCAUACCCCUGCUUCAGCCAUCUGUAGACAACCAGCAACCAAAAAAGAUACCUCUGCAAAAUGUGCCUCGAGUCCAUGUCCUGGGAUGGCUCCUCUGGUGCACUUUCAUCAGAGACAAUCAAAAGCAGUCUUUAAUUGUGCCUUAUUUUUAAAUAAUCUGUUUACACUACUAUGACUGUUGUUCAAUAAUAGAAAUACUUAAACCCGAGAUCUCAGAGGGGGGUAGGGGAGAGGAGAUUGAGGAGAGCUGCAGCACUCUUCAUGUAUUAUUUCUUCAGUUUGGAAGGACCUCAUAGGUGUCUAUGAGAGCAUGCGCAUAGCUGAGAUCAUGAUAGGCUUUGUAAGUGCUCAUGAUUUGAUCUUCCUCUUGGUUUACUCAAAUAAUAAAGACAGACGAAGACAGACACUUGAGCCCAUAACAUCCAUUUAUCACACACAUUUUUAAAUUAUAUUAUUUGUUUGAAUUAAUAAGGGCCAGUCUUGAUUAUUGAGCAAGUUAUGAUUGUGCUACAACCAUGAAUAUUUCAGGACAAGUUAUUUAACUUGCUGAUAAUUGGGAUGAAGCUGCUUGUGGUGCUGUGGGUGUGGUUAGCAUAGCUUUGUUUCAGACCUUUUACAAUUAACCUGGCCAAAGUUACUGUGAUUUAAUGUAAGUGUUUAGCCCCUUGCUUUCUCCUCUCCUCUCCUCUCCUCUCCUUUCCCACCGCCUUCCCUCAAUUUCUUCCUUCCAUUGUGCCUACUAACGCUGCCCUAAUUGGCCCGCCUCAUAAGUCUAGUUAGGAUACCAUAACAUUAUGACCACAUUAAAGGAGAAAGACGACCAGAGCAUAUACUUACCAUCCAGAAAAACCUGGUUUUACAGGGGCAUACUCUUUAGGUUGUAUUUAUUCCUAGAAGGAGAUGCAGUCUUCAGCCGUAUUUUAAUGAGUCCUUGUUGAGGACUUCAGUAGUAGAGUUCUUCCUUUAAAAGAAGAACUGCCUUGUUUCUUACCUAUGUAUAUGCAAAGUGUUCUUUCUAAAGUUAGACUGGGAUUUGUUUUUAACACAACAUUUUGACCACAAAGUACUCACAUCUUUAGUGAUAGAACAUCAUUUUGUCCCAUUGAAAUUAACUUGAUAAUUUUCCUUGUGGCAAGGGGAAACUAUUAACUUUCCCAAUUUUCAACAUUGCAGCACUUAGCCCAUGAUCCAUAUUAAAUGAUAAUAAUUGACUCAGUAUUUGCAAGGGGUAGUUUAACACUAGGAAUUUUCUUGAAUGUAGACUAUUUUACAGGCAUAUUUUCCCUUAGCACAGAGGAGAAAGAUACUAAUUUACUUUUCUGUUUUAAUUUUUCCUUCCUUAUGCAAAAAUUUUAGACAAUAUUUUAGUUAACCACCAUACAUGUAACUAAUUGUGGAGAGCUAUGUAAAAGACACAUUUUUGUCCAUCUGAUUGGGAAAAAAUGCUCAAAUCUUUGCUCUUUGCUUCUGAUUGGUAUUUGUUUUAUAGUACUCUCUAAGCAGGAUAAUAAGUAUCUCUACUUCUAGCAUUUGUUAAAAAUUAUCAUACUCAAAUUCCUUUGUACUAUUUGGAAUGAAUGGCUAAGUUUCCAAGAUGCCCAUCUACUUAGAGGCAAAAUAAAACUUCGUUUAUCUAACUCUGACAGUCAUCUGCUAGGCUCCAAUAGCAUAGUGUUUAACUAGCCACAAUUGCACUCUAUGAACUUAUCUUUGAACAUAACUUCUAAAUUCAGUUCUCAAUCUGAGAAGCAAAAUGUUCUGCCAAGAAUACAGAUGUCACCAUGUCACCUCAUGCUCUACCCUAGUGCUGAGAGUCUUGUUGAACACAAACAUACUCGGGUGCUGUGCCUGGGUGAACAGUAUUAUGGCUCUUAUAAAGAUCUGCAUUCUCUUGUUUUUGUGACUGAUGGCUAUAACAUCUAUUACUGGAGAUGGCCAGUGUGGAAUACUACUCAAAGCAAUGCAACCUAGCUGAAAAAUUACAUAAAACCAUUCUAGACUCUUCACCUCUGUGGAUUUGAUACCACCAAGUCCUUCAGCUUCACAUUUAUUGACAUUGACAAUGCCUCUUACUCUCCUGUCUCCAGUGUCAACAUUACCCCCAAAUAUUUCCUAAUUCUGUUUCCGUCUACUCCGUGACUCAACAAUUGCUGUUCACCAUUCAUCGGGUGGAUGAAAGCACUUUUCUCAGGGUUUCAAGGAAAGGAAUGGGAAUCCUUCAGAGGUAACUGAUGAGAUGCCUUGAAACGAUUUCCCUCAUAAUGGUGGAGCCACAUGUGCAAAACAGCCCUCUUAUUUUCGGUGCUGUUUUGUUUGUUUGUUUAGCUUGUUUCACUGCUGGUUUUGAUGCUGAUAGAAGACAGGAAGUGAGCUAAGGCAUAUUACACAAGGGUCCUUCUGUUUGGCCUCAUAAAGUCUGCCAUGUCCUUUUUCUUUAUGCUUGUCUUCUCAAAGAUCUUACUUGUCUACAUUCCCAUGACGGAUAGAGAAAAAGGUUCUUGAUACUUAGUAAGUUCGGCAUCGAUACUAGUCUUUGGUUUUGAAACUCUUCCAUUCAUUUCUAGUAUUUGUGUCUAAAGCAAGCAGCUUCCCUCCAUGAUCAGUGAUGUAUCUUGUUUUGUCCUCUCAAUAUCCUUAUUCCUUAACUGAUCAUUGUUGAAUCACUCUGAGAGAUUCAGGCUGAUUGCACUAAGAUAAAAUAGUCAGUCUAGAUACUUCUUCCUAGAAAGGAGUGUGGCAUGGAAAAGACUAGUUCCUCACAGUGGCCUCUAUGGGAGUUCGGGAGGACAUGUGAGGACACUGUAGCCUGACUUACUGACUUCAUUGAGAAAUUGGAGGAAGAGUCCUUAAAACCCAACCCGACAGCAUAGGCUUCUUCCUGCAAAGCUGUGUUGGCCAUGAUGCAUGGAUUCUGGAGUCUUAGUAAGAACAGAAUCUUUCAUAUAUUCAGGCUCAGUGAGAGAGAAAAGGCACCAAAGAAAACUGAACCAUAGAUACUUUCCCAUAAGCAUUAUAGUUGGAAUAGGAGAUGAUUGGCCAGACACAAGCAACCCAUACAUAAGAAACAGUCCCUGUGGCCUUUGUUGCAACAAGUGAUUCUUACUGAACCACACUAUCGUCCUCUAUGCUUGCAGCAAAUGUGCCUAUCUUUUGAACCCUCAAAAAGGAACAAGUAGGCCUUGUCUACUUUUUUAUUCUUCUAGGAACACAAUUAGGGCUCUAAGCCAUCUGUCAUGCUGGGUGCUCCAGUUCCCUCACGGACUCCCUGCUGCACAGUAAAGUUUGCUGAAAUUGUGCCCAUACCCAGGAACUCAUCACCCAGUGAGGAAGUCCCUCUCUUUCAGCUGUCCUUGUCAUUAAAACAGAGCCUGUCUUUGGACUCAUAUUCUCCAGGGUCCAUACAAUAAAACGAACACACAAAACAUAAUAAAAUACCAACUUACCCAUUGUUUUUACUUUCAUUGUUUAUUUUGUUUUUCCAUGAUCUAUCACUUUUAAAAACAACUUCCAUUUUUAGCUGAGGAGUAGAAAUGCUUUAAACCUCCAUAAGAACAGUCAGAAUGCUCUCUGACAACUGCAUGUUAGAUUGUGUGGAUUCUGCUGCUUGUGUUUUCUAUUCAGGAAACAAACCUUUCUGAUUGGGGUUCGAUAGCUUUGUGCCCUCCCUUAGUAACUGUCCCGUGAACAGUUUGCUCCAUUUAUCUGGCUCACUGAUAAUGACCUUAAGAAUGUUGGGAAACAUCGCUGUGUGAUCUCUAGCUUUCUUGCACAAGGAAAAAGUCGAAAGGAAAGUACUGGUGGAAACCCAUUGCUUCCGAUCAGUUCUUCAGCACACUGAGUUUACCGUUCUUAAGGAAAGGAAUUGUAUGCUGCUGUGUUUUAUGUAAAGAUGGAUAAAUUCUCUCCCUGUUGCCCGGGGUCACAGUUUCACCAGCAGCCAUUUGUCUUGGGAAGAACAGCAUUGUGUCUCUGCUGCCCCAGCUUUUUUUGAGAACCUUUAGCAAGAACUUGCUAUUCGCCCCUGGGUAGGUAGCACCUAUGGGUGGAUUUCUGAGCUGUAAAAUAAUAAAAGUCCUGAGAGGGCUUACAAACUGCUUUCACACAUAGAACAACCCUGGGAAGAUGGUUAUUAAUAGUCCUGUCCUAGAAGAGGAGAAUCAUUAAGUGACUUGCCAAAAGCAAUAUAGCCAGUAAGUGUGAGAUCUGGGCAUUUACCCAGCCCUUGUCACACACUUCUCACAGGUUACCCAUGGAUAUUCACAGGGGCCACUUGGUUAUCAGUGGCUGGUGUACAUGUGCAUUAUAGUGUUGCAGAUCAUCGGGGGAGCUUGCACAUAUCUAUGUCAUCUUGUGGGUGGCCACCAGUCUUUGUGAUCAGCACUGUGAGGAAGCCUGUGGCACAAAGGUCACUGAGAGAAGACAGCUGUGCAGAAGCACAUUGCAGCAAAGUUCCCUAGAGAGUGUCAGUUUAUGUGAAUAGCAAAGCAGUCUGGACCAGUCAGGUUCCGAAUAUCAACUGAAACUGUGUCAUUUAGAAUACAGUAGCAUGCAGAGGUGCCCUAAGCUUUAGGAAAGCCCUGCCUCCCUCCCUUUUUCCCUCCCUCGCUCUGGCCAUGAUAUGCCCCACAGAAGCAAAAACUGCUAUAGGUUAAAUAAAAAACAAACCCAAAAACAUAUUAGUCUCUCUGUCCAUUCACAUGUAUGGAGAGCCUACCAAAACACUGACCCAACAGGAAUUUCUCAUCCAAUAAACCCAAGACCAAAAUGCCUUGAGAUGCCUAAAGAAGUGCUAUUGAAUGGGUGGCCUUUCUGAAAUUUACCCUUGAUCAUUUGAUAGGAGGUGCUUCUUAGACUGUAGUACUUUUGUGGCUAAUGUACCCUCCUCACAAGUUGCUUAACACUAUGUUCUUACCAACAACGAAAAUCCUACUUGGAGGAGCCCAGGUCCUAACCCUAACCCAUGUAACUACUCAACAAAUGAACACCCCACUUUUGGCUGACUCCCUGAGAAGCUGUGUAUCCGAGGUAUGCUCAGGGCUUUCUAAUUUCUCUCUUUUCUACCUUCUGGUUAUUUACAGUUAAAAAUCCAUUGACUAAUGAAAAUAUCCUUACUCUCAUGAUAUGACACCUGCACUAAGUCUGGAAAACCCUUUCAGAUGCCCUAAUGUGUAAGGUAGGCAUUUCUCUCCCUAGAGUUGCUGCUCCGUCAGGCCACACCUAUCCCCUGAGAUUAGGAAGAGGCGAGUUAAACAACAAAUGGCCUCCCAGUCUUUUCCCAUCUUCCCACAAGGGAAAUAUAGGACACCAAGAGGACAAGAAGGUUGGCAUCACAGUCUGAGCGCUCACAGCCAAAGACCAGAAAGGUGUCUUGUCUCUCUGAGAGGUGUGAUGUAUAUUAUGGCUGGUAAAAUGGAAAGAAUUUCCUCUGGCACAGAUGGGGCAAACCACCCAAACUAUAGAUUAAUGAAGCUCUUUGAACUCAUCUCAGAAUUACGAGAUGAGUUACCUGAGGGGAGGCUUGCCUCUGUAGAGCUGUCCCAUCUCAUUAGACAAAAGGACAGUAAAGCGGUGAAUUGUAAGGGUACUCCCUCAUGAAAAUAUUUUUCAGAUACCUUCAGGAAUCAACCACAAAUCCUGACUUACUGUCAUAUGAUAUAAAUAAAGGGAAAGGGGUGGGUGAAAAUUUCCCUUCUUAAAUCCUAUAUAAUAUUAGUUCCAAAGAUUUAGAGAAAACACAAUUUUAUUGUCUUUGAAACACACACUCUCUCUGUCUCUCUCUCACACACACACACACACACACACACACACACACACACACACACACACACUUGGGUCUUUACCAAGAAAGCUGAUUCUCCAAAAAAGAAAUCUUAUUUUAAAACAUUUUACCUCUUCAGGCCAGAAAAUUAAUAAUUCCUAGACCUGACCCAUUUUCAUACCUGGCAAAAAAGGAAAAGAAAUAACUACUUAAAUUUUGUGUGGGUCUUUUACUCUCUUAAAAUAUGUCAAAGCAAUUUGAUGCAGGAGUAGAAAGUGAGGUGUUUAUCUCCCUUGCUUGAGUUUCUGUACUUCCGUCAGGGAAAGGUAAAGAAUAAGGGGCCAGAAUUAUCAGGGCAUUGCAUUGCCAUUUUCUACAACAUCUACAUUGCUUCAUAGUGAGGUGUAGGAAUUAAUAACUACUUUCAUAAAUCCACAUCCUCCAUCAUGAAGCCUGAAUAUCUUUACUUACCAAACUAUUCAGCUCCAUUUCUCACUCAGAAGAUAUAAGAUAGAGCUGGUUUCCAUAUCUGCAUCCUCUCUCAACCCUUUUUGCUUUAUUUUGGGGGAGGGAAGGGAGUCUUGUGUGAAAGAAAAACAACAUAGUUCCUCCUAAUUGCUCUUUGCCCUUGGAUAGCCAUGAUGCUUAGUAAUUAGAGGACUAGAACUUGACCAUGUUAUGAGGUUUCUUCCUAAUGUGUUUCAUUCCUUCAAACACAGACUAGGACCUAAGUGGUUUUCAUCAUUUAAAUAUUCACAAUGGGAAUAGUCUCAUUUUGCCUCACACAUACAUAGUAAGACAGGAGCUGAUAUUUGGGUGAUAUGUGCAUUAUAGUAAUCUUUUGUGUUCUUGUUGGUUUCUAGAAGAGUGCCACAUACAUCACCUCAUUCACUUGGUGGCAAACUGAAUUAGCCUGGACCCAUCUUCUACCUCAAGUGAAAAGUCUAAACUGAGAUGUGUCCCAGAUGAGAUGUAGACCCCAGAAACUGGUCUGAUCAUAAAUGUUUAGCAGUAAAGUAGUAACAAAAUCAUUUUUCAAUGACUAGCCUUACUGCCCAUUUGUCACUUGAAACACCUGAUAAGCAAAGUAUCCAAGACCCCUUUCCUCAUUAACAAAUGGUAGAAUAGUUCCCCUCCACAGAUCUGAAUCCUGUCUUCACUCUUUCUCAGGAAAUAUGUCAAGGAGGAAAAUAAAAUUAAAAAUGACACAUGACUCUGGUUCUUGAGCAUGAAUAAGACUGCUGUGUGGAAUUGUGUGCCUUACACAAAACCUUAAACUUAGAACCAAGUUUGUACAGCUGCAGGGAACUCUGAGCAUGCGCUCUGUGUAGUGAGUUAACCUGAUUUGGUUUUGUUUAGUGUGAAUCUAUACCUUGAUCAUUACUUAAAGAUUGGGGGCUUGUCUUUCUCUACUGCUGAGUAUGGGAAUGGGGGCAACUAUGAGAUGAACUUUCUAAGUAGUAAGCCUGAGCCACAAAGUAGUUGUGACGCAAAGGCACAGCCUAGGGAUAGUAAUUUUGCAUGAGGUUCACAUGGGCUCUUAUUUCAUGGCUUUGUCACAGGCUUUUCUCUUUCUGUGCUAUCACCUUUGAGCAAAACCAUUACACCUUCCCCAAGUCUGCCUUUCUAACAGUUACAGUUGAGUUGGCAAGACUCUCCCAGCUCUGAAUAGAGCCACUUGCCGACUCUGGCCUCUGAGAGACUGCUUCCAAUGUGCUCUUCUGUUCAGCACACACAUCAGCAAAGUGAGAAGACGGGUGCUAAAUAUAGGCUCUAUUAACUUUACUUUUAGAUGCAGUGCCUUCCAAAGUGCCUAUUCUGAGAAACAUAAACGUUAUCCCUACAUAUGUAUGUACACACGGUACCCAGAGUCGUACUGUUCAGCCUUCAAAAACACCAUCAGAAGGAGUAGGUGCUGAGAUAGCGAAGCAUCGCCAAAUGGAAGCAAGUGGCUCGUUUCCAAUCUCCCCUACCGUGGCUACCAUGAAAUGGGCUGAAAGAGUGUCCCUGGCACUUCCUGCUGAUACAGCCACUUUGUAUUUAUAUGCCGGGACUAGUGGCAAACUGCUGAGGGACCUGUACUCCACGAAAAUAAUAUGCCCAUGAACAUUUAGUCAAGAAAAAAAAAAGGCAAUUAAUAUGUGUCAUGUGUGUGUUUAUAAACUAAGUACUGCUAAGUUUAGCAUGUCAGCAGGUUUCUUUUAUGCCUUGGGUUAACUUAGAGAAAACUAAAGAAAAGUCUUGGCUAUAGGGAAUGUAGACUCGGGGGGCCAAGUGUCCCUGCCAGAUCCUUGAAGCAUUUUUACUCCAGCUCCUAAGAAUACUAGUGCAUGCUAUUUGAGUGCUUUUAUCUUGGAGCUCUGUCAGUGACAGGGAACUCUAGAUGUUUGUGAUGAGGCAGCAGCAUAGCCUGGAAGGCUGAGUUUUCACCCAGUGGUGGCAAUAGGAGAUGAGCCAGGUAAAUAUGCUGAGGUAGAUGGAGAUACUGUAUGAUUGGAGAAGGGUUGAAGGGAGGACAUGAUUCCAAAAAAGAUUGUUCUCAAUGUGUUGUCUGACUCAACCAGCUGGCAGAUUACACUUGCCAAGUCGUUUCCUUUCCUUCUAAGUCACUUGGCUCCACAUUCCCUUAAAUAUGCCUCUGAGGAAAGUAAGAUGUGUCCACUUAGCCUUUCUGAAAGGACACGUAAUGAUGUCCCCUUGGUCACAAAGCUACUGUGAAACGCCUCUUCUCUCACUCAGUUUUACCAAAUAAAAGUAAAGGUGACAGACUGUGGAAGACACAUUUGAUGCCGUUUCAGUCACCCGCCACUCUGUUUUCCAUAUAGGAGCCCAGCAACUCAAACCUGAGCUGAGGAAACAACAUGGCCCUGAUCAGUAGCUCCAGGACUAUAGUCUUGUUUCUUUAGUAGCUUCAUGAUUGGAGCCAGGCUGAUUUUUUAAAAAAGAGACUUAGGCAGUACUUCUCCCAAGAAACAUUUCUCCUGUUGGCAAUUCUUUUAUCUCUAUCAAUUUCAACACUAAUUGUUUUCUAUUUUCGACAUGAUCAGAUUUCAGUACUAAAAAAGAAUUCCAAAAUCUCUAUGUGAUGCCAUCAAGUCUAUGGAAGACAUUGGUUCUUUUCCUUGAGAACAAACAAACCAAAUGCAACAGACACAAUGUGGCCUUGCUCUGAGUUUCAGUCUGGUGACUUGUGACCAUGAGAGAUAGAUAGCUUGAUAGGAAAACUAAGUCAUAUUUAAUGGGAUGGGUCAAGGACAGGGGCUAAGAACUGCCAAGCUUUCUCUGUGCUUAGUGUAUCUGCCGGGAGCAGGCACUUCCUUCUAGCUAAUCAUAACCAUAGCCCAGCAGCAGCACUGCAAGUCUCCGUACCAUUUCCAACUUAGAAAAAGUUACACAAAAGCGUAGAGAGCAGGACUUCUUUCGUUUGUGUGACACUGACAGAGCCAUGGCAUUUCCACAGGGUAACCACAGUGCAUGGAUUUACUGCGUCACAAUGUCCCCGAUGUCCCCACAGCAGUUCACACUGUUCCUUAUGAAAAUCAGAAGAAGUUGUGUUAUAAGACCAUAAUUCGGGCGAUUUCUUUUGUAUUUACACAUUAUUCAAUUAUAUUAAAACAUGUUCUUAUUUACAUUCUAUCAGUUUUGAUUAUGCUUUCCCAGCACUCUGUGAGAAUAAAAAUGAAAAUCACAUUGUUUUUUUUCUUCUGUAAAAGAACUACUUUAUAUUUAGAUUACCAAUAAACUUCUCAUUCCACUUA